GAGGAGGAGGAGGAGACCCCCAGGAAACCAGAAGAUGCAAGAGAGUCAGACCGUUGGACCUGGUACGCCAUCCUGGCAUUGUUGGCCACCUGCCUCUUCCUUCUUGCCACCGCCAUAGGACUGGGGGUCCGAUAUGGGCAGGUCUCCCAGCAGCUCCAGCGGGAAUCCCAAAACCACGCGACGCAGAGCAACCUCCUGGCCCAGAGAGUCAGCACCUUGGAGGGGGGCCUGUCCCGUUCUCAGGAGCUGCUCCGCGAGGCUGAAAGAGAUCUCCGUUUCACCCGGAAGGCCCUGGAGGAGAGCUGGAAGGAUGGGAACAGGACCCAGCGGCAGCUGGGAGACCAAGUCAGGCAAGCAGACCAAAACCUGACGCAUCUGAAGCAGGAGAAGGAGCAAGUCGAGAGAGCGCUGGGCCAAGCCACCUCUUGCCAGCAGAUGGGCUGCUGUCUCCAAGGAUGGAAGAUCUUCAGGUGGAAAUGCCUGUGGGUUUCACCUUCAUCAGAGAGGAAGAGCUGGAGAAACAGCAAGGAAGCCUGCCAAGCCAGAUCAUCUCACCUGCUUAUUUUAAAGCCCUGGAGUGCAAGGGAAUUAUGGGAUGGUGUAAUAGCAAAGGAUGAGGAGACUCAACAGCCAAAUGAAUACUGGAUUGGACUACAAGAAACAUGGGCUGAAAAGAAGCAGGAUUGGGUUUUCACUUGGGUUGAUGACACCCCCUAUGAAGGAAGUGAAAUAUUUAAUCAGAAAGCGUAUUUUCUGUUUGGAACACUGAAGAGUGGAAUCAUCUCAGUGGACAAGAAAGAAACGCCACAUCCGUACAUUUGUGAGAAGGCAGCCAGCCCUGAGCAACCAUUUCCUGGUUGA